UGUUGUCCGCACCAUCCAACUAUUUCCGGCGACCAACUCGGGAGCCUCGUUGACAUGGCUGGACUUCUCGUCGAAGGUGGAUCAGCACGAGCAGAGGAUCACUUCGCGACAGCCGCUGGUGAAGAAAAGUCGUCAUGGACUGAGGUCGCAAAGCUCGUAGUAUCGCGACAUCACUUUUAUCGCAGGACUAGAAGAUGGGAAUCACACAUUUGGGAUUGUGGCAAACAAGUGUACUUAGGUGAGGUUGCCAUUAGAGGAUUCGUUUUAGAUUAUGUGUUUCAUCUUUCUUCAUUAUCGACGAGGGGCUCGGGGCGGCAAAAGAGACCAGAGGAAGAGAGGGAGGGGUUGGUGAGGCGCACGUGGGGGGCGACGUCAUUGUUGGUGACAACGUGGGCCUCGCCGAAGAGGUUGAUGCUGUCAGGGUCGAGUUUGGGGGCUGCGUGGAGGAAAAAGAUAGUUGGACGAGGAUGAUUAAGGAACAGAGGAUGAAGAGGGAGAGAAUUCAACCAUGCCGCUAUGUUUUUUCGGUGGGACAAUGAUUCUCCUUGUGUCUCCCUCUCUUCCUUCAAUAUUUUAUUCUUCAACACAUGUUUCUGUUUUUGGUUUCAACAGCUCAAAACUGCUACUUCUUUUGUUUCCCACGUCUCCACCGCUCAAUCCACCAUUUUCUUCAUACAGUUUUUUAUUGUUAUUUUUGGUUUAGGGCUUAUGAUCGAGCUGCGAAUUUAGCGAUUACUAUGAGGAUAUAAAGCAGGUUGAUUCUGAA